AUGACUGUGACUAUCCCCACCACCAUCAAGGGCUUUGGCGUCGACGCUAAGGAAAACUGGAACCACCCCAAGUUGGUCGAAUACCCUCCGAGAAAGUUGGGCGACUAUGACAUCAUGACGGAAAAUGAGUGCUGCGGGUUGUGUGGCUCCGACAUCCACACCGUGCAAGGUAACUGGGGUCCUCUCAACCGUGAUGACCUUGUCGUUGGCCACGAAAUCAUCGGUAGAGUCAUUGCUAAGGGUCCCAAGGUGACUGAAUUCAACCUCGGCGACCGGGUUGGUAUUGGUGCCGCUUCCUUCUCUUGUGGCGAGUGCCACCGUUGUCUCAACGACGAUGAACAAUACUGCACUAAGGGUGUGGGCACUUACAACGUUGCCGACACCAACUUUGGCGACGGCUACGUCACCCAAGGUGGGUACUCGUCCCACUCGGUGGCUGACCAAAAGCACGUGUUUGCCAUCCCCGACUCCAUCGACUCGAAGCAUGCCGCUCCCUUGAUGUGCGGUGGUCUCACCGUGUUCUCGCCUCUAGUGAGAAACUUGGGUGAAAAUGCCAAGGGCAAGAAGGUAAUCAUCAUCGGUCUUGGUGGCUUGGGCCACAUGGCGGUGAUGUUGGCGUCGAAGGGGUUGGGUGCUGAAGUGGUGGUGUCGCUGAGAUCGCUGGCCAAGCGUGACCAGGCUUUCGAAUUGGGUGCUUCCGGUUUCAUCGCCACCGGUGAAGAAAAGGACUGGGCCUCCAAGUACGCCGGCCAAUUCGACUUGGUGUUGAACUGUGCCUCGGGUAUCGACGGCUUGGACCUCCCUUCGUACUUGCAAACCUUGAAGGUGGGUGGCCACGUCGUCACUGUGGGCGCCCCCAAGGCCACUGACCUCUACAGCUUCUCUCCCUUCACCAUGAUCUUCACCGGCACCCUGCUUGGUGGUUCGUUGUUGGGUUCGAAGAAAGAAGCCGAAUUGAUGCUCAAGUUGGUCGAAAAAAACAACAUCAAGCCCUGGAUCGAGGAAGUACCCAUCUCGGAAAAGGGUUGCAACACCGCUUUGACUCGUUGCGACAACGGUGACGUCAGAUACCGCUUCGUGUUCACCGAGUUCGACAAGGCUUUCAACUAA